UUAUUUGUAUAUAGCUCAUAAAUUUGUUGAUGAAAUCAGGGGAGCAGGAAAUAUCAUCCUCUUCAACAGCCUACUGCUCAGCAAGUGAUGAUUGACACUAUAUCUUCAGGGCCCAUUAAUGUAUUUGUUAUAGGAGGACAUACAAAUUUUGCCAUUUUUCUUAUGAAUAAUCCACAUCUAAAGAAAAAUAUCAAGCACAUUUAUGUCAUGGGUGGCGGCGUAAGGUCAAAGAAUCCAACUGGUUGUUGCCCAAAAAAUGCCAGUUCAACGUGCAAGCCUCGACAGUGUGGUGACCCUGGUAAUUUGUUCACGGGCUACACUAGUAAUCCAUAUGCAGAAUUCAAUAUUUUUGGAGACCCGUUUGCUGCAUACCUGGUACUGCAUUCUGGAAUUCCACUCACCCUUGUUCCCCUGGAUGCAACAAACACCAUCCCCAUAGACGAGGAAUUUUUUGAUGCAUUUGAUCAGAACCAGAAAACAUACGAGGCACAAUAUUGCUUCAAAUCCUUGAAAAUGACUCGAGAUACUUGGUUUGAUGACCAAUACUACACGAGUUAUUUCAUGUGGGACUCCUUUACAUCAGGUAUAGCAACCUCAAUCAUGCGUCACUCACAGAAGAACCAUCAUGGGGAAAAUGAGUUUGCUGAAAUGGAAUAUAUGAACAUUACUGUUGUUACUUCAAACAAACCUUAUGGGAUAUCUGAUGGCUUAAAUCCUUUCUUUGAUGGCCUCAAAAUUCCAAAGUUCAAUCUAAAGAAAACUAUCUAG